CGAGUCCCACAUCGGGCUCCCGGCAUGGAGCCUGCUUCUCCCACCUCCUGUGUCUCUGCCUCUCUCUCUCUAUGUCUAUCAUAAAUAAAUAAAUCUAUAAAAAAAAAAGAGUAAGAAGUGAGGAAAGACUCUCAUUAUAUUGCAGACCGGGCUUAUCUCAGGUAGAACCUGCUGCCUAAAGGCACCAGGGUGCUCCCUCCUCCUCUUCUUUUGCUUUCAGCAGACACAUAAUCUAAAAGCCAUGGCUUCAGGGAGCAAAAAGUGAUGAUUUUUUCCAGGACCGUUUAUGCACAGUCCAAGGUGCUAACACCCUGCAGGAGCGAUGUGUUGGUCCUGACCCCGUGGCUGGCGCCCGUCGUCUGGGAAGGGACCUUCAACACUGAGAAUGAGCAGUUCCGGCUCCGGAACACCACCAUCGGACUCACGGUGUUUGCUAUCAGAAAAUACGUGGUCUUCCUGGAGCUGUUUCUGCAGACGGCAGAGAAGCACUUCAUGGUGGGACACAGGGUCACUUAUUACGUCUUCACUGACCAGCCGGCUGAUGUGCCCCACGUGCCCCUCAGGGAGGGCCGCAGGGUGGAGGUCCUCAAGGUCCCCAGCGCCCCGAGCUGGCAGGUGUCCAUGCACCGCAUGGAGAUGAUCAGCAACUUCUUGCAGCAGCGCUCCCUCCACGAGGUGGACUACCUAGUGUGCGUGGACGUGGACAUGAAGUUCUGUGACCAUGUGGGCGUGGAGAUCCUAUCCCCCCUCUUUGGCACCCUGCACCCCGGUUUUCAUGGGGCAGCCCGCGAGGCCUUCACCUACGAGCUCCAGCCGCAGUCCCAGGCCUACAUUCUGAGAAACGAGGGUGACUUUUACUACUCAGGGGGCUUUUUCGGGGGGUCGGUGGUCGAGGUUCUCCAGCUGACCACGGCCCGUCACCAGGCAAUGGUGGUGGACCAGGCCAACGGGCUCGAGGCCGUGUGGCACGAUGAGAGCCACCUGAACAGGUACCUGCUGGACCACAAGCCCACCAAGGUGCUGUCCCCGGAGUAUCUGUGGGACCGACAGAAGCUGGGCUGGCCCGUCAUGAAGAAGCUGAGAUUCGUGGCUGUGCCCAAGGGUCACCUGGGCAUCCUGUGCCCAAGGGUCACCUGGACAUCCGGGGCUCCUGAGGGGCAAGUCCAGGCCCCCGGCCACCCCCACACUCUGAGGUGCUGAUUUUCUUUUGAAGGUAGAUUCUUUUUUUAAAAAAGAUUUUAUUUAUUUAUGAGAGACACAGAAAGAAAGAGAGAGAGAGAGAGA